AUGGCGAUUUUCGACUCCAACGGCGCUCAGCCCACGGGCCAAGGAUUGGUUCAGUCGGAAAACCCUACCUUCCCUUCAAGGUCGGCCGUAGUGUCCACAGACUCGCCACCCUCGACACCUCCUCGAGGCCGCCCAUCAUCACGCUACCCCACUUCGCUCGCUCGAGAUCCAGGACGCGUUCCACUCCACAGGCGUGGCACGUCCAAGACAUACGAGCGGCUCGAAGAUCUCUUGCGCGAGGCGGGAUAUAAGGAGACUCGCAUAUUCACACCGGAGGCCGAAAGACGGGAGACACAGCUUGAUGAGUGUCGGAAGAGCAGCAUGCGUGAGGGCGUGGAUUCGGUCAUGGGCUAUCUCGCAAGCUGGAUGCCAGGUGCAGGGAGAAGUGAGCAUUUUCCGAACCCCCGCACUGGCCCGCAAGCACAGCUUUCCCCACCAGGUGAUGACACGCUAUUCUGGUCACUUCCUCCAUCACCUCUGUCGCAUAAACGACAUUUGAACAGGCCCGCCCGGACACCGAGCCCGCUGUCCCCCUCGGCGUCAUCCGCAACGAUUGCGUCGUUACAAAGCCACUUGACGAGUAGCUCUGACGGCCGCACAGUCAGCUACAGGCACUCUGCCAGACAACCCUACCCACAUUCACUCCGCCCUCAAGCUUCUGCAUCAGGUAAUCUACGAACAUAUGCACAGGUUUCAGCCGCUCAGGGAUAUUUACGACACAUGGCCUCCGCGCCCAACAUGGCCAAACGGCGGCCCUCGACACGAGAUAGCUCAGCUUUGCGUACGGACGCGCAGUGGUCAAACGGGCAGACACCAGUGCCGGCUCUUCCAGCUCGGUGGCUGGAGUCGGUCACGAAAGCCGUUGCCGGCUCGGGGCUUCCGGGCGCUCACAUCGGUCAACCACAGCGCCCAAAUUCCCUUCGCAGGUAUCCUUCGUCGCGCGCUCUACAUACAAGGGACAGCAGAUUUACCCUAUCGGGUGAGCCGACUAGGCCGAAUCACGGUGUUAUACAGCGUACAUCCGGCGCCCCGCUCACGUUGACCUCGUGUCUCGUUCGGGCGGAGGUAGCGCCGGGUGCGGUGAGCACUGCCCGCGUCGUCUGCCGCUCGGCACCGACGUCGCGCUCUUCAUCACGUGUGGGUCACCGCGCAGCGUACGGACACGUCAAACCCGCUAGCAGGAAGGCGCAGCGGCGGAGCGGGGGUGUCCCAAGUCUCGCGAGCACAUGCGUUGAGAACGAUACUUGGCACACACACUGGGUCAACGGCCAGCGUGUCCCUGUACCACCGUCCGGGCGAGACGAUGAGCAGGCUGAGGACGAGUACGAAGAUGAUGAAGAUGACGAUGACAACGAUGGAGAGCUCGAUUUUGCGCGUCUUCUUGUCCCUCCAAAGCGGCAAUACUCGAUCCAGAGCUUACGACGACACCUACACCAGAGCCGCAAUCCGGUCCUAAGUGAGGCAUGGGACGACGAUAACGGAUUCGGCUCUCGAGGCCAUAGUCGACGAUGUUCUAUGGACGAGGGCGACAGUCAUGGCUGGGAGGCCAUGGGUAUUCCCGGCUUCCGCAGUGCACCUGCGAAAAGACGGAGAGGCAUUCCCGGUGGCUGGUCAAACAUCACCACCCGUUCCUGA